CUUAAGUUUAAGUCCAUUGGCGUUGUUUCUUGUGAAGUGACCGAUUCAUUUUUCUAUCAAAUUUCGUUCGGAAAAUUAAUUAGAACUGCACAAUGUCUGCGAUUAGUUUGUUAAACCCCAAAGCCGAGGUUGCGAGAGCAUCCCAGGCAUUGGCCGUGAAUAUGGCUGGAGCCAAGGGCAUCCAGGAGGUGAUGAAGACCAAUCUUGGACCCAGGGGAACCGUGAAGAUGUUGGUUUCUGGUGCUGGAGACAUAAAGAUCACAAAAGAUGGAAAUGUCCUUCUUCAUGAGAUGCAGAUCCAGCAUCCAACUGCUUCCCUCAUUGCCCGAGCGUCCACAGCUCAAGACGACAUGACAGGUGAUGGUACAACUAGUACAGUCCUCGUCAUCGGAGAACUCCUCAAACAAGCCGACCUAUAUAUUUCCGAGGGCCUUCACCCAAGAAUUUUAACUGAAGGCUUCGACCUUGCCCGUGCAAAGACUAUAGAAGUCUUGGAAUCUCUGAAGAUCCCGGUGGCAGCCGACAAGGAGAGCCUUCUGGACGUCGCUAAGACAUCACUGAGGACCAAAAUUCACCAAAAUCUUGCUGACAAUCUCGCUGAAGUCUGCGUCGAUGCUAUUUUGGCAAUUAGGAUUGAGGAUAAACCUGUGGAUCUUUACAUGAUCGAGCUCAUGGAGAUGCAGCACAGAACAGCUGGUGAUACCUCAUUGGUCAGGGGUAUUGUCAUGGAUCAUGGCUCGAGGCACCCGGAUAUGCCUAAAAGAGUUGAAAAUGCCUAUAUUCUUACCUGCAAUGUCAGUUUGGAGUACGAGAAGAGUGAAGUAAACAGCGGCUUCUUCUACAAAACUGCUUUGGAGCGUGAAAAGCUCGUGGCAGCUGAGCGUGAAUUCAUCGACAACCGCGUUCAGAAGAUCAUCGAGUUGAAACGCAAGCUCUGUAACGGAACUGAUAAAACCUUCGUCGUUAUCAACCAGAAAGGAAUUGAUCCUCCAUCCCUGGAUGCCCUUGCAAAAGAAGGAAUAAUAGCUCUGCGUCGUGCAAAGCGUAGGAAUAUGGAACGUUUGACUCUUGCCUGCGGUGGAGUCUCAAUGAAUUCAGUUGACGACCUCCAAGAGGAGCAUUUGGGAUGGGCGGGCGUAGUGUACGAGCACGUUCUCGGUGAGAACAAGUACACCUUCGUCGAGGAGUGCAAGAAGCCCAACUCGGUGACCAUUUUACUCAAAGGACCGAACAAGUACACUAUCUUACAGCUCCGAGACGCAGUCCGAGAUGGUCUAAGAGCAAUCAACAAUGCAAUAAACGAUAAAGCCGUAAUUCCUGGAGCCGGUGCCUUCGAAAUCGCUGCAAGCAUGGCCUUGAGCAAAUACAAGGAACAAGUUAAGGGAAAACUCCGUCUGGGAAUCCAGGCUUACAGUGAGGCUCUCUUGGUAAUUCCGAAGACUCUAGCUGUCAACAGCGGAUUCGACUCUCAGUUUACCAUUGUUAAACUUCUCGAAGAGAGCAAUACUCUAGGAGAGGCUGUGGGACUGGACAUAGCGAGUGGAGAAGCGUUAAAACCUAAAGAUGCCGGCAUUUAUGACAAUUAUAUUGUCAAGAAACAAAUCAUCAAUUCUUGCACCGUGAUUGCGAGCAACCUACUCCUAGUCGAUGAGAUAAUGAGAGCGGGACUUUCCUCUCUGAAGGGCUAAAACUAUUCCGACAAUACGAAAAAAUGUAUUUUUAAGAUAACGCAUUUUUCAAUUUGAGUACGUAAAUUACCACGCAUUUUUGUCGAUUGUAUGGCGCUUAGCGAUUAAUUUUUCUCGCCUUGAUGUUUGAAUUAAUAAAGAAAAGUA